AUGUGGUACUCAGGGAGUGAGAGGCAUCGGAAUGGAGUAGGCAUCUUAGUGGAUGAAGAGUUUAGAUGGCAGGUGGUGGAAGUUAUGAGGGCCAGCGAUAGGCUGAUGACAAUUAAGUUGGUUAUUGUGGGGUUUAUGCUGCAUGUGUGUAGUGUUUAUGCGUCGCAGACGGUCUUGGAUGCGGAGGUGAAAGCGAGAUUUUGGGAGGCUUUAGAUGAGGUGUUGAGAAGCGUGCCUAGCUCGGAGAAUAUUGUCAUAGUACGGGACUUCAAUCGGCACAUUAGGGUUUUACCGGGAGGCUAUGAUGAUGUGCAUGAAAGUUUUGGUUUCAGUGAUAGAAAUGGUGAAGGGGCAGCUUUGUUGGAUUUUACGAGGGCUUUUGGGCUGGUGGUAGUGAACUCGAGCUUUUUGAAGAAGGAGGAUCACUUGAUUACCUUCCGAAGCGCGAUAGGCAAGACUCAGAUUGACUUUUUGUUGCUUAGGAAGGGGGAUAGGGCUUUUUGUAAGGACUAUAAAGUCAUUCCGAGUAAGUAUCUUUUGACCCAACACAGGCUUCUGGUGAUGGACUUGAUAAUCAAGAAGAGCAAGAAGAGAAAUGCCGGGGAGGGUUGA